AUGGAUUUUUAUGCAUCAAGAGAUAUUGAUGUUGACAUGGAUCAUUCCUAUGAAGAAACUAGAAUGAACAUAAGUACAAAUGAUACUUUGGUAGAAGAUGGAUUCAAUAAUUGUGAUAUAUCUCAAGAAAUCCAAGAAUCAGAAAAUGAGAGUGAUUGUGAAGAAUUUCCAAGAAAAUUUACUGAACCUUGGAAUUUUGGCUCGCCUUCUUAUGUAUGUGUGCAUUGUGGAUCAAUUUUAUGGUAUGAAGAGGGAACAGUCAAAUCUAAGAGGCCUAGGAACCCAAAAUUCUCUCUCUGUUGUAUGGAGGGUAAGGUUAAGUUACCUUUGCUUAAGAAAGCACCUCCUCUUAUUGAUGAGCUUUUAGAUCCUCUUGGUAGUGAACGAUCUAAAACAUUCAGAACUCUAAUCAGAACUUAUAAUGCAAUGUUCGCAAUGACAUCUAUGGGUGGUAAAGUAGAUAGUAGAAUUAACGAUGGAAGACACCCUUACAUUUUUAAACUUAAUGGCCAAAACCAUCAUAGAAUUGGAACUCUUCUUCCUAAUGAUGGUCAGGAUCCACAAUUUGCACAAUUAUAUUUCUAUGAUACUGAAAAUGAAGUUCAACAUAGAAUGAACGUCUUUAGCAAUGAUCAAAUUAAUAGUGACCUUGAUCCAUCUAUUGUUGAAGCAUUGGUCCAAAUGUUUGAUGAAUCAAAUACUUUGGUGAAGAUAUUUCGGAUAUCUAGAGACCGUUUCAUUAAUACUGAUGUUCACCAUUUAAGAUUACGCCUUGUUGGCUCCCAAACUACAAAUGGAAGAGAAUAUAACCUGCCUACAUGUUCAGAGAUUGUAGCAAUUAUCGUUGGUGAUAUUGGUGCUGAAAAUGCACAUCGCGAUAUUAUUGUUGAGUUAAAAGAAGGAGGGUUACAACGUAUUAAUGUGUUGCAUCCUUCAUACAUGGCAUUACAAUAUCCCCUUUUGUUCCCAUAUGGUGAGGAUGGUUUUAGACUCGGCAUUUUGUAUAGUAAUGUAGAUGGAAUCAGAACUGAUACAACUGAUUCUAUUACAAUGAGAGAAUACUAUGCAUAUCGAUUGCAAGAACGUGAACAUGAGGGACAUACAUUGAUAUAUGGUGGUAGAUUGUUUCAACAAUUUGAUGUAGAUGCCUACACAUGUAUAGAAGAAAUCCGGCUUAUGUGGGCAAAAGAGAACCAAGACAAAUUAAGGAUAGAAUUGUAUAAAGGACUGAAAGAUGCAGUUAUGAGAGGAGAUACCACCCCUGCAUCUUCAGGCAAAAGAUUUGUUCUACCUUCAAGUUUCACUGGAAGUCCAAGGUAUAUGAUUGAAAACUAUCAAGAUGCAAUGGCAAUCUGUAGAUGGGCAGGUUAUCCGGACCUUUUUAUUACCUUCACCUACAACACAAAAUGGCCAGAAAUUGAUCUUUUCCUAUCUAGGAAACCUGGACAGAAAGUAGAAGAUAGGCCUGAUGUGGUUGCAAGAGUGUUCAAGAUAAAGCUUGAUCAACUCUUAAAUGAUUUAAAGCAUGGCCAACACUUUGGGAAAGUAAUUGCAGUUGUCUACACUGUUGAAUAUCAAAAAAGAGGGUUACCUUAUGCGCACAUUUUACUUUUUCUACAUCAUGAUGACAAGCAUCCUACAGCAGCAGAAAUUGAUAGAAUAAUUUCAGCAGAAAUUCCAGAUUUCAAUGAAGAACCUUUACUUUAUGAAGCUGUCAAACAAUAUAUGAUGGUUUCCCAGUAUAUAGAAGAAGGAAUAAUGGAAGAUUCGUUGAAAGAAAUGAGAUAUGUGUCUGCCAUAGAGGCAUGUUGGAGGAUAUUUGAAUUUGCAAUUCACCAUCGAGAGCCUGCUGUUCAAAGACUUAGUUUUCACAAUGAGGACGAACAACCAGUUGUUUUUGAAGAUACUGAUUAUUUAAAUAAUGUUGUGGACAAGCCAGAUAUCGGGAAAAGCAAAUUUACAGAGUGGAUGAAAGCGAAUGCAUUGUAUGAAGAAGCAAGGGAAUUGACUUAUUCUAAAUUUCCUACUAAAUGGGUUUGGCAUAGAAAAGACAAAGAGUGGAAAUUGAGAAAAUCUGGAAGAUGUAUUGGGCGUAUAUAUUAUGCUCAUCCUGCAAGUGGAGAACGGUUUUAUUUGCGGAUGCUACUCAAUGUUAUUAAAGGAGCUAGAUCAUUUAAGGAAAUACGAACUAUAAAUAAUGUUGUAUAUCCAACUUUCAGAUCAAUAUGUUAUGCACUUGGUUUGCUUGAUGAUGAUAAAGAGUGGCACGAAGCUUUGAAUCAUGUAUUGUACUGGGCUUCAGGAAAACAACUACGAGAACUUUUUGUCACAAUGUUGAUUUUUUGUGAGGUUGCAGAUCCAUAUAAAUUAUGGAUUUCAAAUUGGCAGUUGUUAUCUGAGGACAUUCUGCAUCGUCAAAGAACAGUUUUACGAUAUGACAACCUACAUCUUGAUGACUCUCAAUUACAGAACUACGCACUAUGUGAAAUUGAACAGAUUUUGGUAAAGAGUGGCAGGUCUUUGCAUGAAUUUGAGUCAAUACCAUAUCCAAAUACAUUACUUCUCAGACAAAGUAACAAUAGAGUAUUACAAGAAGAAUUAGAUUAUGAUAGAAACUCUUUGGCAGCAGAACAUAUUAAACUUUUUUCUGGUCUUAAUAUUAAUCAAAGAAAGGUAUAUGAUGAAGUAAUUUAUUCUGUUUCAAAGAAUAAAGGUGGCUUCUUUUUUGUUUAUGGACAUGGAGGAACUGGAAAUACUUAUCUUUGGAAAACCAUUAUAUGCCGAUUGCGCUCAGAAGGGAAGAUAGUCAUUGCAAUUGCAACAUCUGGAAUUGCUGCAUUAUUGUUGCCUGGAGGGAGAACAACUCAUUCAAGAUUUCAAAUACCAAUAAAUGUAACAGACAGUUCAACUUGCGGUAUUAAACAAGGUUCACAAAUUGCAGAACUUAUGACAAAAUCAAGUCUUAUAAUUUGGGAUGAAGCUCCUAUGGCACACCGAAAUUGUUUUGAAGCUGUUGAUCGGUCAUUAAGAGAUAUAUUACGUUUUUCUAACCCAAAUAGUGGGGAGACACCUUUUGGAGGAAAAACUAUUGUUCUUGGUGGUGAUUUCAGACAAAUAUUACCAGUGGUAUCAAAAGCACGAAGAGAACAAAUAGUUGAAGCAUCAAUUAAUAAGUCAUCAUUAUGGAACAGUUGCAAAGUGUUCAUUUUGACAAUAAAUAUGAGGUUGACACGAAACCCAGGUGAUAUUGCAGCAAGGGAAUUUGCUGAAUGGAUGUUGAAAAUUGGUGAUGGUGAACUUAGUAAUAAUGAAGGUGAAGCAUUGAUUGAAAUACCGCAUGAUUUACUAAUUCAUCCUGGUGCUCAUCCUUUCAACGAUAUUGUAAAAGCUACCUAUCCUGAUUUCGAUACAAAAUUCAACAAUUCUAAGUAUUUAGAAGAGAGAGCAAUUUUAGCUCCAACGAAUGAAGUGGUAGAAGACAUAAAUGAUUACAUGAUUGAUCUUAUUAAUGUUGAUGAAGAGACAUAUCUUAGUGCAUAUUCAUUAUGUAAAGCUUCAAGCAACAUUCUAGACCAAGAUGUCAUGUAUCCAAUAGAGUUUCUCAAUUCAUUGAAGUUCCCUAGUAUUCCAAACCAUAAACUCAGAUUGAAAGUAGGUCUGCCAAUAAUGUUACUUCAAAAUUUAAACCAAAGUAAUGGACUUUGUAAUGGUACUAGACUUUUAGUCACUCAAUUAUCAAAAUGGGUUUUGGAAGCUCAAAUAAUAUCAGGAACUCAUAUUGGAGAAAAGGUGUGUAUUCCAAGAAUAGUCUUAUCCCCUUCUGAUUCCAAAUGGCCCUUUGUACUAAAAAGAAGGCAGUUUCCAGUGUCUGUUUGCUUUGCUAUGACAAUUAAUAAGAGCCAAGGUCAAUCUCUGCAACGUGUUGGACUUUAUUUAAAUAGACCAGUUUUCAGUCAUGGACAAUUAUAUGUUGCUGUAUCCAGAGUUAAAAGUAAAGAUGGCCUUAGAAUACUCAUUGUAGAAAAUGAUAAUGGUGAUCGUUUUCAUACAAAAAAUAUUGUCUACAAAGAAAUAUUUGAUAAUUUGCCUAAAGGUAACACAUACUGUUUAUUAAUAUUAUUUCAAGUUGUUGAUAAUGUAAACUAG